UUAUUUGAACCGUUGAAAACUACCAUUGAUCUUGAACAACAACACACGCCUGAAGUCAACAAGAAGAUCAAAGAGCAGCAAUGGCGGUUAUGCAGAAGCUCAGGAUGUUCGUCGUUCAAGAGCCUAUUGUUGCUGCUUCCUGCCUCAUCGGCGGCUUCGGGCUCGCUCUUCCUGCUUUCGUGAGGCCUAUGCUGGAUUCCUUUGAAUCAACCAAACAAGCUCCUCAGCCUGCAUUAAGUGAUGUGGUUGCAGGUAUGACUGGUAAAAAGGAAUGAUGAUAUAACUCUACUUAUUGGUGCCCAGAAAACAAAGAAAUUGUUGUGUGUUUAUUCGUUGAAAUGUUCCGUAAUUGUACUCGUUUAGACCAUGCUCUAUAGACCUGGAUUAAUAAGAUUUCACUGUAGACUAAAACAUUUGUGCACACUGGAUUAGUGAGAUGAUCCAAUGAAAUAUGUUCCAUUUGUUUCUAUUUGAAA